CCUUUGUGUUUCGAGACGUGCUUUCGAGAGGUUGGCUUUCUGUCCUUUGUGAAGUGCUUUGAUGCAGAUUGACUGACACACAAUUCAAUUUGCACAGUGUGAAACAAAGCUACACUUGGCCACUUUGCAUAUUUGUGGCUACAGAGCCGCAACAUGUCUGAGGGUUGAUGAGGGAACUGCCAUCGUAUCCCUGCACGCCUUACUUUGAAAAUACAUGUGAGAAAAGUGGACGAUGCUCUCCACAAGUUGCCUCUGAGCAAGGCAACCCUGAAUGUUGCACUGGAGCUGUUUCGUGCUUUAAAUUCAGAACUGUGUUUGUUCCGUGCAGUCUUUACAUUAAUAUAUUUUUUGAUACAGAAAAUGUGUUGUGUAAAGAAGCAUUUUUAAAACAAAGGUUUUACAUUUUGGAUGAGAGGAUGAUUACUGCGAUCAUUUCCGUAUGGUAUAUAGCAGGCUACAGUCAGUGGCUAGUUAGCUUAGCUUAGCAUAAUGACUGAAAUUGAGAGGAAACAGCUAGCCUGGCUCUGUCUAAAGCCGAGAAAAUAUACUAAUUGCAUCUUCAAAGCUUACUGAUUUAGACUGCAGCUGUUUGAGGUGUUGUCAACAAAAUGAUCUCAACAUUUAAGAAUUAGUAUGUUUUUAGGCAUUAUCGUUAAUUUAAAACAUUUUACCUUCAGGUAAGGAAACAUUUCGGCAACUUCUGAUUGGUUUACAGCAAUCUGCUCUACAUGAAUGGACACCUUUGUGCCUUAAGUUUGAAUGCAGCUUCUGUGGAAAUCUUAUACUCCACUGUCAUCUGCAUGCUGCUGUGAAAUGUUCUGACUUUUUUUUAAUUUGAAUGCCUUUUCUGUAUACAUACUGUACAUGCAAGAGUAAUAUCGAUAAUAUUCUACAGAUUUUGGUUCCCAGGGUGAAAACUCUUACAUCUGCUGGAGAAGGAGCUGGAACUUUAAUAGUCAUGGAUCAAUGGUGCGAGCUGUAUACCAGGGUCCACAGCCCUCAGUGAGUCCUCCUCCAUCCACAGCGACGCCCUGUUUCAACUGACCAAGGACGUGUCCUCAGUAGGACUGGAGCCCAUGUCCUCUUGUAAAGAGGAAGUUUGCGCUGAGGAAUCAGAGACUCUGCUGAAGGUGGUGGGUUCUGCUUCCAGUCCUCAGUGCAGCGAGGAAGGCCUUUGCUUCUCUGAUGGCAGACGGAAAGUUGACUACGUUCUGGUCUUCCAUCAUCGACGGCACGGCUCUGUGCGAUCUUUUGCCAGCAACUCAGUUUCACACGACAGGAUAUCCAUUGUUUCCAAUGGCAACUUUCCCUCUGCGGCGGGCUCCGAUGCAGCAGCAGGAAGAGGAGGCAGCAGCCCGGGGAGGGAGGCGGCGAGUGUCGGCGAGGUGUUCGUGGAGCUCGGGGGGGCAGGAGGAAACGAUCUGACGGAGCCUGCUGACCAUGAGAUGGAUCUGAUCAGACAGGAGUUCGAGGCCAGCCUGCAGGAGGCCGGCCUGGAGAUAGAGAGAGACAAAGAGUUGAAGACCCAGGGCCACAGCUUCACUCGUGUCCAUGCCCCCUGGCCCGUACUGUGUCGAGAGGCCGAGUUUCUCAGGAUUAAAGUCCCCACAAAGACGAGUUAUGACCUUAAAGAGGAAAGUGGUUUCGGGUCCACUAUGAGCACAGUGUGGAGGAAAAUGAACCAGCCUUUCCAGCCCAAAGUCCCACAUCAGGACCAUGAAUGCACCAAGUUCCUCACACACUGCUUCUCCAGGGACAAACUCCACCUGUACAACAUCACAUCUAAAGACACUUUCUUUGACAAUGCCACACGGGGCCGAAUAGUGUAUGAGAUCCUGCGACGGACGGUGUGUGUACGGACCUGUCAAACCAUAGGCAUCAGCACACUGAUAGCUAAAGGCGUGUAUGACGCUGCCUUCCCUCUUCAUGAUGGUGACUAUAAGGUCAUCGGACAGCCUGAGGAGAGGAGCGACAGACAGGUUCUUCACGACGAGUGGGCCAAAUACUCCGCCUUUUACAAGUACCAGCCCAUUGACCUGGUCAGGAAGUACUUCGGGGAGAAGAUCGGACUGUACUUCGCAUGGCUCGGUGUUUACACUCAGCUGCUGAUCCCAGCCUCCAUAGUGGGAAUCAUUGUGUUCGGAUAUGGAGUGGCGACGGUGGAUACUAAUAUACCAAGUCUGGAGAUGUGUGAUGAGCGUCUCAAUUUCACCAUGUGUCCGCUGUGCGACGGAGCCUGUGACUUCUGGCACCUCAGCACCGCCUGCGGCACCGCCAGGGCUUCACACCUCUUUGACAACCCCGCCACGGUCUUCUUCGCCAUCUUCAUGUCUCUGUGGGCGGUGCUGUUCUUGGAGCACUGGAAGCGCCGACAGAUCAGUUUGAGCUUCAGUUGGGAUCUGACAGGCAUCGAGGAUGACGAGGAACAUCCCAGGCCAAGAUACGAAACUAUUCUCCUUCAGAAGAAACAGAGAAAGGAGAACAAAGUUAAGAAGAAAAAUAAGAAGAAAAAGAACGAGCCAGAGAAGCAGGAGGAUGGGGCAGUUACAGGGAAGGACAGAUGGAGACAGAAACUACUGUCUGCCAUGGCUGCAGGAAUACCGGCUGCCAUUGAGAAGCUGACAUGGAAAGACCGUCUUCCUGGAUACUUCAUCAACAUUUCCUCUAUCAUCUUUAUGUUCGCCUUGACGUUUUCAGCAGUUUUCGGCGUCAUCAUCUACCGCAUCACAGUGUCGGCUCUGAUGGCGAUGAGCCCCGACCCGGAGACCAAGUCCAAUGUUCGGGUGACGGUGACGGCCACCGCGGUCAUCAUCAACCUGGUGGUCAUUCUGAUCCUGGAUGAGAUCUACGGCGCUGUGGCCCUGUGGCUGACUGAGCUGGAGAUUCCCAAAACAGAAACCCACUUUGAGGAGCAUCUCAUCCUGAAGGCCUUCUUGCUGAAAUUCAUGAACGCAUACGCACCCAUCUUCUACGUGGCUUUCUUCAAGGGGCGGUUUGCUGGUCGUCCCGGAAAUUACGUGUACGUCUUUAAUGAUUAUCGGAUGGAAGAGUGUGCACCUGGAGGCUGCCUCAUCGAGCUGUGCAUCCAGCUCAGCAUCAUCAUGCUGGGGAAGCAGCUCAUCCAGAACAACAUCUUUGAGAUUGGCAUCCCGAAGUUGAAGAAGUUGGUGCGUGCGAUAAAGGAUAAAGGAUCGGCAGAGAAGAAGAUGGAGGAUGAGAGGCCUCCUCAGCAGUGGAACCUGGACUACGCUCUCGCUCCCUUUGAAGGCCUCACGCCAGAAUACAUGGAGAUGAUCAUCCAGUUUGGUUUUGUCUCUCUGUUCGUGGCUUCGUUCCCUCUCGCUCCGCUCUUUGCUCUACUGAACAACGUCAUCGAGAUCCGACUGGAUGCCAAGAAGUUUGUUACGGAGCUACGCAGGCCGGUUGCCGUACGUGCUAAAGACAUCGGCAUAUGGUACAACAUACUGAGUGGAAUGGGAAAAUUCUCUGUCAUUAUAAAUGCCUUUGUGAUCUCCUUCACGUCAGACUUCAUCCCUCGGCUGGUUUACCAAUACAUGUUCAGUGAGACGGGCACCAUGCACGGCUUCAUCGACCACACGCUCUCCUACUUCAACGUGUCAAAUUUUAAACAUGGCACGGCACCGCAGAACAUAGAGCAAGCCGACAUCACCGUCUGCCGGUACAAAGACUACAGGGAACCCCCCUGGUCUCCAGACGCGUACACCAUCUCCAAACAGUACUGGUGUGUCCUGGCUGCAAGACUGGCUUUUGUCAUAUUGUUCCAGAAUCUGGUGAUGUUCCUCAGCCUCGUGGUGGCCUGGGGGAUCCCUGACGUUCCCAAAACUAUCGUGGAGCAGUUCAAACGGGAGAAGAAGCUCCUGGUCGAUGUUUUCCUACGGGAAGAAAAGGAGAAAUUCCAGCUCAUCCAGAGCCUCUUCUCCAAGGAUGCCACCCACCAGCUGAGCACCAACCCCCUCAGCCCGGGCCAGGUCCUGCCCCUCCUGGGCCGUUACAGUACUCUCCCCCCAGGACCCACACAGGGCUCAGGGGACGGAGGGGGGCCGAGGGCCAGGUGCAGGGCCGCCAGCUUCAGCCAGUUCACCAGGAGCAUUCCUCCGUCUCCCAAGAAUGAAAAUGAGAAUUCAAGACACACGGCAGUUUGACGAGUAACACACACAUCCGUAGGGGUGCUGCAACUUGGACUGGAUGACAUGUUGCUCAAUGGAUGUCCGUGUCUUUGUCUUUUCUGUCCUGUUGUGUCUGAGACAGUAGUGCUGGGAUUGAAAAUAACCACGUCCCAUUGGUCUCAGUGUGGUUCCACACUGAUGUGUCUGUGUUGUUCCUACCCGACUGUUCAUCUGAUAAAGUGAUAUCAUUUUUACGUUUUGGUAAAAAAAAGAAAAACACAUGAUUUAGCGAGGCACUCUUGCUUCAUAGCGUAGAUAAGCAAUAAUAACAGUGUUAGGCUGAACAAUCAAAUAAUACAUAAGCUGGCAGAUGAGAUCAAGGAAGAACUCCGGACAGAUUCAGGGAUGGACACGGGCUAAUUUCUAGGAACUUUCCUGCUUCAUGUGCUCCUUAAGUGUUUCUUUCAUCAGAAUUGGUAGCAGCUGCAACAUUCCACAUGUCCUGUUCUUUUAAAUACAUGGUACUGAAAGCACACAGGAGCCUCCGAAGAGAGCAAGUCCUCUUCUGUGUUCCAGUGGAUUUUUUCUUCAUGGACUUCAAGAAUCCCCUUGGAUCAUUUUCAAACGUUACUAGGGUUGUAGUGUUAGUCAGCUGCUGGUCAUUUUGUCUCUACAUUCUGCUCUACGGAUGCCAAUGUGGCACCCUGUUGCAUGCCACUCCUAGAUCAUAGACAUUACACAUUACAUGUCACUUGUUAGACGAUUUUAUCCAAAGCGACUUACAUACAUUCAGUACUGUGGACAAUCCCCACAGGAGCAAUUUGGGGUGAAGUGUCUUGCCCAGGGACACAACGACAUGCUGACUGCAGUGGGACUCGAACUUGCUACCCCCUGAUUCGAAGUCCAUCACACUACCCACAGUCCAAGAAAUAGAUGAUCUGUGAAGCAUUUUUUUCCCCCAGCCAUAUGCACUUGUCUAGACUGAGUACAAAAUGACAAACUGUGAAUGGCGAGAAAUUAUCUUUUUUAUUAACAAUCCUUCUUUCAAAAUGUCGGACUGACUCAUGCAGGUAAGUAAAACAUGUGGGUUUCUACUGCCCAAAUAGACAGGUUGCGUCCCUCAUAAAAUAACUUGUGAGCCAUCCAUUUCUUCUUAUUAGAAUUUUUAACUCAAGUAGCUUUUGCAUGUUAGGUCAAACUAAUAUUCAAAUCCUCCUCACUUUUUGUGCAAGGAAAUAUAAGCUAUAACGAUACAGCAGCUAACGUUUGUCUGUCUUCUGCUAGUGGAUUGGAUGAUAGAGGAUAGCGUUACUUAUUGUAACAUUAAUACAAGACAUUCACCCCUGUUUUUUUCAACAAGCACACACAGUAGUUAUUACCUUAUUAACAUAAUGCUCUAAACACUGAUGGGACUAAAUCAUGAAUAACAAUGGCAGCCCAGAGGCUUCAUUUUCUGUGUGUUUGUUGGAAUUAAAGCAUUUUUAGUGCCUACACUAAAUAUAAUGUCGCUUAAUUUACCAGUAUUGGUGGUGAAAUGGUAUAAAAGGUAUUAUUUUAAUUCCAACCGUGUAUUGAUAGAAGUAACAUUCUAUGAUAGUGUUUUUACACUGUUGCUGCUGCUGUGUUUUAAUAUCUUGGUUUUAGAUUUAAUCUUAUGAUUUUUAAUCGUAUAAAUCUUUAUAACGUGUUGUUUUCUAUAUCUUUGUAUUCAAGCAGCUUUUAACUGAUUUCAUUAAUGUUUCAAUAGAGUCCAUAGCCCUAAUUAAGUCAUCUGUAAAGUGAAGAAAUGAGUCAAUGGAAUCAUACUUUUGAAUUGAAUCUAACACUGCCAUCACAAUAAUAGUGGGAUUUAUGCAUUCACUUCCACAGAUAAUACAGGCUUUGCAUGUGAAAUCCAGCUAAGUCUGAGCGGCCCAACUUCAAAUGUCUUUUAAAUGAAUGUGUGCCAUCUUGGAACACCAAAUCCAGUUCUUGUUUCAAUGUUUAAAUGCCGACACGCUGUAAACCCUUAGGACAGUUUCCUUUUAACUUCUCUUGUAUUUCCAAUACAACACAAAUAGCAACAUGUGUCUGCCCAUUUAGGACUUGUAAUGUAUUCAUAAGGACUUAAGGAAGGAAAUGUUGUGCCGGAUUCUGUUCUAGAUGAAAGAGAAAUGUUUAUACUUACCUGAUCCUAACCCUUACUCAAAGCUCUUAAAUACAUGAUUGUUACAUGGAUUAUAAAAUAAUUGUACAUGUUGUGUGA